UAUUAGCGCCUGCACAUAGAGCCCGCCACUUCGCGCUGUUCUGUGUCGCCUCGAGGAGCACCGCCCGUUUACCUCGCCGUGUCGAGCAGUGUCGUUUCGCGCCUCGCCGUCCUCAGUGUGUGUGUGCGUGUGUGUGUGUGUAUGUUUGUGAUUCUCUUUCUCUCCGCCCUCAUGGCGCCGGCGAGAUGCUCUAGAUGACGCGGGCAGUGAGGGAGGUGCUCCAGCAGUGACAGUGUGUGACAGUGACACUUUGCCGCGUGCUUUGCCGACCGGGCACUACAGUCGUUGCCCGACCACCGAGGAGACCGCACCGAUCCGCCUGCAGAGCGCCACAGUGUAGUCCGAGAUGGGUUCGCUACCCGACCUGUCCAUCCUGCGGGGCGAUGCGGUCCCCACCCCCGCCGGGCCCCAGCAUCUGCACAGGCUCCUGGAGGAGGUCGCCGCCGGCGCCUCCGCCAACCAGCCCGCCAUGCUUUAUGAAGGCCACCGGAUGUCCUUCGCGGAGCUGGACGCGGCGGCCAGCCGCCUGGCGCGCGCCCUGGUGCGCAAAGUGCGCAUGGAGUCGGCGGGCAGCAACGGCGCCAACCAGGACGGCGACGUCCUGGUGGCCGUGCGCCUGCCGCCGUCCGACCGCCUGCUGGUGACGCUGCUCGCCGCCAUGAAGGCCGGCGCCGCAUACCUGCCCGUCGACGCGGCCUUCCCCGCCGACCGCGUCCGCCACAUCCUGGGCGAGUCCCAGCCCGCCAUCAUCGUCUCGGACCUCCCGGACCCGGACCUCUUCCGCGGCACGGUCGCGGCCACGUACUCCGAGCUGCUGGCCGAGGCCGCCGACCUGAGCGGCGCCCCGCUGUCGGACCAGGACUGCCUGCUGCCCGACCCGUGCCUCGCCCUGGUGCUCUACACGUCCGGCAGCACCGGCGUCCCCAAGGGGGUCCGUCUCCCACACGCCGUGGUGCUGAACCGACUUCGCUGGCAGUGGCGCCAGUUCCCGUUCGGCGCCGAGGAGGCGCUGUGCGUGUUCAAGACGGCCCUCACGUUCGUGGACUCGGUUCCCGAGAUCUGGGGCCCGCUGCUGCAGGGCCGCGCGCUCCUCGUGCUCGACAAGCAGGUCACCGCCGACACGGAGCGACUCGUGCACGCGCUGGAGGACAAUGGGGUGGAGAGGCUGGUGCUGGUGCCGUCCCUGCUGCGGGCCAUGCUGCUCUACCUCAAGAUGGACACGGAGCGACACGCCCGCCAGCCGCUGCUGAGCCGCCUCCGCCUGUGGGUGUGCUCCGGGGAGCCGCUGGCCGCGUCGCUGGCGCAGCAGUUCUUCGCGCACUUCUCAUCCGUGGGGCUGGACAGCCACUGCCUGUGCAACUUCUACGGCUCCACCGAGGUCAUAGGGGACGUGACGUUCCACACGCUGCACGGCCCCGCCGACGUGCAGGGCCUGGACAAGGUGCCCAUCGGCCGGCCGCUGGACAACACCCUGGUGUACCUGCUGGACGAGCACUUCCGGCCCGCCCUGGCCGGCCAGCCAGGCGAGCUGUUCGUGGCGGGCCGCAACCUGGCGGCGGGCUACGUGGCGGGCCGCGACCCGCACCGCUUCCUCAACAACCCCCUGGCCGUGCACCCUGACUACACGCGGCUCUACCGCACCGGGGACUUCGCGCGCGUGCACAAGGGCACGCUGGUGUUUGAGGGGCGCACCGACUCGCAGGUCAAGGUCCGCGGCCACCGCGUCGACCUGAGCGAGCUGGAGGCCGCGCUCACGCGGGUGGACGGCGUGGACAAGGGCGUCGUCCUCUGCUACCGGCCCGGCGAGGAGGACCAGGCCGUGCUGGCGUUCGUGACGCUGCGCGAGGGCUGCCCGCUGACGGCGCCGCAGGUGGAGUCGGCGCUGGGCCGGUCGCUGCCGCCGUACGCCGUGCCGCAGGUGCUGUGCGUCGAGUGGAUCCCCCUGCUGGUGAACGGCAAGGUGGACCGGCAGGCGCUGCUGCGGAGCUACGCCGAGACGUACGCGCAGGCCCGCUCCCGGUGCAUGCCCGACUACUCGGGCGCGCCCGACGGCCUGGCCGAGGCGGCGCGCGUGCUGCUGGACACGGUGGCCGACGUCCUGGGCGCCUCGGUGCGCCAGGGCGCCAAGAUCUGCCUGGGCCGCUCCUUCUACGAGCUGGGCGGCAACUCGCUCAACUCCGUGCUCACCGUCACCAGGCUGCGCGAGCAGGGAUUCUUCAUCAGCGUCAGCGACUUCAUCGGCGCCGAGUCGCUGGGCAAGGCCCUGGAGUGCAUGAAGGUCUCCGAGGCCGACGCGUCCCUCCUGGCCGAGUCCAUGCAGCCGUCGUCCCUCCACGCCGUCAUGCUGUCCGAGGAGCAUAAGGCCGACGUGUACAGCAUGAUCACGGACAGCUUCCUGCAGAAGGCCGACCUGGAGCACUGGCUCAUGCCACACGUGUCCCCGUCGGACUACUCCGAGCUGCUGGACCAGAUCUGGAAGCCGCUGCUGGAGAAGGACCUCAGCUUCGUCGUGAAGAACGACUCCGGCACGGCCGUGGCCUGCGCCCUCACCUUCGACGCGCACGACGAGCCGCCCGUCGAGAUCACCAGCAAGCUCAGCAUCGUGUUCGACUUCCUCGAGUUCAUCGAGGGCCCCAUCAGGGACACGAAGCUGCCGACGGGCCGCGGCCAGGUGCUGCACGGCUUCAUGAUGGCCACGGCGGCCAGCGAGACCGCGCGCACCAACGUGCUCUCCAUGCAGUUCAUGGAGCAGGAGCUGCUGCGGCUGGCGCGGCGACGCGGCUUCGCCGGCGUCUUCACCACCAACACCAGCCCGCUGACGCAGCAGCUGGGCCGCGACGUGUUCGGCUACCAGACCAUGCUGGACUACCAGGUCAACCAGUACGUGGCGGCGGACGGCAGCCGGCCCUUCGGCGAGGCCCCCGACCAGCAGCGGGCCGUGGUCGCGUGGAAGCCCAUCUAGGCUCCCCCAGACCCCAGACUCCAGACUGCAGGCUUCCUGCCUCGACAGCGACAUCGUGUCAUCGUCCUCCCGCAGGCCGUGUGCCUGCCAGCCUGGCACCGCGUUAUCGUCACGCAGUGCCACCCUGCACUCUGCUGCCUGCACCCUGCGGCCUGCUCUCGAAAAGUGUGGUUUGUUUUGUAGGCUUCUUCCAAAGUUCAAAACCCAGUGAACAAGUCGAGCAGGGGCUCCAGGCCGUCCGCUUUUGGAUUGUCGGACGAUAGCACCCUGGCUCUGCGAAUCAGGCCUUGGAUUCCCCCGUAAUCAAGGACCAAGGCACCGAGUACCGAGUAGCUCGUGAUAGUAGUGAACACUUCACGUUUGUAUAGUGUAAGCUGCAUUUUCCUAUACAGUGUUAAAGUUUGUGUUAGUGUAGAAAAUCAGUGAAUAGGUCCAGGAUGCAAUGAAGUUCUACUGAAGGGCAUCAGCUGGAUUGGUUCUAGAGCCGGAUUUUAAGUUAACUGUUUUACAUUUGUUUUUACUUUCCAUUAUUUUUCGGCUGUCAUAUUGUAGCAGCAUCACUGAGAUAGUAAUAUUAGAUUAGUUUUAGUUUAAAUUUGUUUGUGAUUAAGACUGAGGGUACUCUACUCAUUGCAACGCCCCUCAAUUUUGAGUUUGUGAUCCAGGCUUUCCUAUAGUAAUUUAUUAAAUUGGCUGGAGCAAUUUAUAGUCUUUCAUUGUAGUUAAGUCAUAGAGUAUUUCGAGUCUGGUUCAGCGCAACUACCAUUUAAAAAUUUCUGUUGGUGAUCAUAUAUAUCAAAAUUUAAUCUUUUGGGAGGCAGACUUAAUGGGGAAAAUGUAUUUUAAUUGUUUUUAUUGUGCGCACACUGAUGAGGAACAAAGACAUUCCAGAAAAAAACAAGUACAAAGUAAGUUAACCAUCUUUACUCAUAAGAAUUAGUAAUUUAUUCUUUCACAAAUUUUAAUGGAAAUCUCUUUUGUUUUGAAGGAGGAUAAUUAAAUUGAGUAAGCAAAAUAUAUUUAAUGUUGCAAACUUGUGGUUUGUUACCCGGUGCUAAAUGUGUCUUCCGUGUCAAACCAGGGUUGAAAACCAGAUGUUGAAUCCUGUGUGAUUACGAUAAUGUUACUUCAUAUGUCAACUCACCAUACAAAAAUUCUUAAUAAAGUCACACCCUAUUAAACAAAAUGA